UCAUAUCAACGUUCGCAUGUUGUAAUCAUGAUCGUUGGUUUUUGUCACAGAUCACUUAUUUUAGUUAAAAAUAUAGCGAAAAAACAAAUGAAAGACAGUGUUGUGUGUUUUUUGUGACGCUUUUUAUGCCUGAAAUGUCAUUAACGACAUACAAGAAAAGGGGCGGAACCUCCGAUCAUGGCAAGGAGUAUGAAUGGCUACUUUGCAUUUACUACGCUUUAAAAUUCGCCCUAAGUUCGGAAAUUUCGGACUUUGAGCUGUGGACAAACAAUGAAUUUUUCGGUGAUUUUGACGAUGUCGCCUUAAGAGUCCGAUUCAAAGAUGGCGUCGUUAAAGUUUAUCUCCUCCAAUCAAAACACACCGAAAAACCAAAAACUAUCACUCUUGACUCUAUGACAUCGGAAAAUGGCGACUUUGCAUUCCACAAGUAUAAAAAAUCGUAUGAAAAAACUCUACAUCUGUCAAAUUUUGUCUACAUUUUGUUUACAAAUCGGACAUCUAAAUUCAAGGACAAAACGAAGGUUGAUAAUAAACACGUUUUGAGACACUCCCCAUGCGUGGCUCGAAAUUUCCUUAACAUUUCCAAAAAUUCCUACGUGAAUUCAGUCUAUAAGGUUGAAACCGAGCAAAAUUCCGACUUUUUCCGAACGUUAUAUCUCUACACCAAUCAACAGAACGUUCCGAAUCUCCACAAAACAAUCGCCGAUCUGCUUCAAACUCACUUUCAAACCGACAUCAAGUCGACUUUUGUCGAUUUUAUGCGAAAUUGGUGGUCGGGGAAUUUCACACUGUCAAAAUCGGACAUUGUUGCCAAAUUAGUCGAAUUGGUUCUAUCACCGAUGAUACAAACCCUCACGUGUGACAUUAACAACGAAAAAACCAAACUUCUAGAAGCCGCUAUUUUAAAAUUUGACUUAACACUAGUCGAACAAAAUGGUGGACCAAUCGCACAAAUAUGGAGUCGACGGACACUUGACAAUCAAGCAAUGAAAACUGUGAGCAUGACAGGUCAAAAGUACGGUCUAGUGACCCAUAGAGUGUCAAAAUUAGACCAAUUGUCACGUGAGCAACAAUCACGCAUCGCAUGGUACAUGAAUUUGUGGCCUUUAGUUGUAAAGGUGGACGAAACGAAACAAAAUCAAAUCAACUGUGCUUUAAACCUACUGAAACAGAAGAAAAAACGAAUUGUUUUAUUGGGACACUCGGUAGAUAUCACCGGAUUUGACAUUUUCCGAAAUUUGUCGGACUUACUUGAAGGUGAUAGUUUACGUUCUGCCAUUAUGCAAACUUUCACUUGUUCGUUGCAGGGCAAACUUGAUGUAACUCUAAAUGAUCUGGGAUCGUGUCUAAUGUCACACUUUAAAGUCAAACAACUUGUGAAAAUGGCCACUAGUGCCAACUUUAACAUCGGAGAAUCACUAGAAACACUGCCGCCAACAUACAUCGAGCGCACUUUUCCUAAAAUUAUCCUCGACUACAAAGUGAUUGAUGAUAUAAAGGAGUGGAACAUCUGUCUCAGUUGUAACAACCAAAAGGAGCAAUUUCGGCAAAAAAUCAAAAAGCGAAUGGUUAAAAUCACGACGACUGUCACUGGGUUUAGUGAUUUUCCCAAACAUUAUGUUGCUGCCACUGAAGGAGAAUUCCCUAAGAGUGUUAUUAAGGAACGAUAUCAAUAUUUUAAAGCCGGUUGUCAUUUUCGUGUCAUUGGACAAAACGUGCAAUGGUUGUCAAAUCGAGGAAAUUGCCGAGAUUUUGUCAAAAACAUUGUCAAAUAUGUCAAAACGAAUCCGAAAGAAGUUUGCACCGAGAUACAAAUCGAGGAUAAUUUUCACUGUGAUGUAAAAGUUUUGACAUCACAUACGGGUAGUGGCAAAACUAGUCUUUUGAAAAGUGUCAAAAACAGAGCUUUGACCAAUACUUUUGUCAUGAUGUUUAAUUUGAGGGAACAUUCGGGAUUUUUCAAAGAAACUCAUACAAAUUGGAAGAAGGUUUGGGAUUAUAUCACGGAUUUUUACCCCAAAAGUCGGAAUUAUAACGAAUUUGAGACUAAACUUGUCAAAGAUUUUCCCAAAAAUCAAAUUUUAAUUCUUUGGGACAGCUUCGAUGAAUUACAAUUCGACUCAAGACAAAAUUUUGUCAAAGCGAUGUCAGAACUUCGUUUAUUGGGAAUUUCCCAGUGGAUAACUUCGAAAAACCAUUUUCGACAAUCAUUGGAAUAUGAAUUUGAGACUUUCGCGCUGACUAUGCUACCGUUUCACCAAACCGACCAGAUUUACUACCUAGAGAAUCGCUGUGGGGUCACCGAAAACCUACUCGAGGCAAAUUUUCUGUCAAAUUGUCAAAUCUUAGACAACCAGGAGUAUCUAGGUGUACCUCUUCAACUCUACAUCAUCAGCGACAUCUUCAACAAAAACCCGAAACUACUCCAGGGGGUUUACAGUCUCGCCGACAUGUUUCACGCUUUCAUCGAAGGAAGAUUCCAACAUUUUUUGUCAAAACAUCCCAAUUAUGAGGAUUUGACACCCAUUAUUAACGAUAGUAGGGAGUACCGUUUGGGCCAAUACAAAAUUGCCGCAGUCAAGACACACCUACCUCAUGUUUUUGACAAACUCAAUUUGGAAAAUACAACGAGGUUUGUGGAAGAGAUCCAAAAUGGCGAUUUUUUGGGACUUGUCAAACUUGAUCAAAACGGAGGAUUUAUUUUCGAGUUUCAGAUUUUAGGAGAGUAUCUCGCCGCUUUGUUUUUAUCUGAAAAUCGUCAACUUGGACUCGAGUUCAUUUUUGCACCUAAAUACAAAAACAUUCGGUUUUUAUUCGACUUGAUAAUGGCCGAAAACAAGCCAGAGUUGAUUUCGCUUCUUUAUAAAAAAUUUGACAACUUUGACAAUUUUGAAUCGAAAGAUAAACUCGGGCGAAAUGCCCUGCACUUGAUUUGUGCGUACGGCGAAAGACACCCACUGUUACGAACAGAAGACCAGAAAUAUGCUUUUAGUCAUGGGGAUUCAGCUCGGGAGGAUGCCCCUAUAGUCAAAAACCUUGUCAAAAACUUGACACUCAAAUGUGACAUUUGGGAAAAAGACGAACUUUUCAAUUGGACGUGCUUUGAUUACGCCGACCGGUCACUCUCACUUGGCCUUUUAGAAAUCUUGUCAAAUCUUGACAAUGUCCUUCCAACAUUGUCAAAUUUCAAUGACCUGCCCACAGUUUUGUAUUAUGCCGUCAAAUUUGACUAUCAAAACUUAUUCAAAGCUGCACACAAAGACAUCACGUUUGUUGAAGACUCCAGUGGUGUUAAUCUUCUCCACGUUGCUACCGAAUUCGACCGUGAACAAUUCCUAACGUGGUUUUUGACACAAAAAAUCUACAUCGAAGGCAUCAAUAAACAAAAUUCUAAUCAUUGGGCACCAAUUCAAAUCGCGUCAUUUAACGGCAAUUUGACAUUUUUGAAGCUUUUACAAACAAAAGGUGCAACUUUUCCACUCCGGGAUCCGUCACUUGUAUCACUCGCUACGUCUCACCCACAUCCUCACAUUCUCGACUUUCUGAUAGAAUGUGAAUGUAGUGUGAAUGAGUUUUACCACCACAAUUACUUCACACGGUCACUGCCAAUGGCGAUAACUCACGGUUAUGUUGACAUUGUCAAAUUUCUUGUCAAAAACGGGGCAAAAUUCUACAACGUUGGCAAAAACAGCAUGAAUGCCUUGCAUAUGGCUUUGGAGGUUCAGAAAUAUGACAUAGCAGAGAUUUUUCUUGAUGCUGGCAUAAAUAUCGACGAGACGGAUGACAGAGAACAGACUAGUGUUCACCACGCUGCACAAAACAACCACAAUGGGGUAAUAGAGUGGUUGGUGGCUCGAGGGGCAAAAAUUGAUGUUUUUGACAGUCAUCAUCGUAAUGCCCUACAUUGGGCCGCCCAUUCAGGCUCACUACAAGCCGCAGAAGCGUUAAUUCAAGCCGAGAUCAAUAUUGAUGUUUUUGACAAUGAGGGUUUCACACCUUUACAUCUGGCAGUAUUGUCAGGGCAAUUGUCAAUCGUGAAGUUACUUUUAGACAACAAAUGUGACCCUAAACCGCUCAACAAGUACAAAAGAACACCUCUACAUCUCGUUGCAAUGAACGAUUUGACUGACAUGGUCAAAAUCUUUCUACAAACAGAUCCAGAAUCAGUUGAUUGCAUUGAAAGUCUAUACGGGAGAACGCCUCUACAUUACGCAGCCUGGAACGGUCAUCCCGACUGUGUCAAAACUCUAUUAUUGUCAAAUGCUAGUUUUGACAGUCGAUGUAAUUUCGGGUAUACACCUUUACAUCUAGCAGUCGAAUCAGAAAAUUACGAUUGUUGCCGAUUGUUACUCGAAGCUGGUGCUAGACUUGACACUCCGAACUGCAACGGCGCUACACCUCGAGAUCUAGCCAAAGAUUUUAACAUUUUUAUGCUCAUGAUGACAUUUGACACAUUUCCAAUACAUACAGCAACAACUAAAGGCAAAUACGAGUCAAUCCCCGAAAUUAUAUCACUUGGUCGCGAAGUCAAUCAGGUUGACAAUAAGGGAAUGACUCCUUUACACCUGGCUGUCAAUACGUAUCAACCAUUCAAAAUUGUCAAAACACUUCUUGACAAUGGAGCUGAUGUCAAUUUAAAAGACAAAGAUGGAUACACGGCUCUUCAUCAUCUUCUACAAGGGCUGUGUCCAGAUAGAGACACAUUUGACUUACUUAUAACCGGACGAGGGGAAUUUGAAAUCAAUUCAAAAACUGUCAAAUUUUUGACACCGUUGCAUAUCGCAGCACAGGCCGGUAGUUUUCUUUUGUUACCUCGUGAUGACACCUUAGAGAUUUUUGAAUAUUUGACAGGUGUAUUAAUUGACAAAGGGGCAAAUAUUGAAGCUAAAGACGAUGAUGAUUUCACACCGUUACAUUAUGGGGCACAGAGUGGUAAUUUGACAAUUGUCAAACUUUUGACACGUGACAAUUUAAUCAAUCAAGUCAAUAAGUACAAUCGGACACCUUUACACAUGGCUGCAGUCAAAGGGCACCACACGAUUGUCAAAUAUUUGCUAGAUUAUGGUGCACAACAAGUCAAAGAUUGUGAUGGUGAUACUCCACUAGAUGAUGCUUUAAAAAUUGAAAGUAUCGAAACUAUUAAAUUAUUGACAAGUGAUUUGACAGUGACUAGUCACACGGGUCGAAAUGUUUUGCAUAUGGCAGCCAAGCAAGGCCUAUUUGAUUUAGUUGAAACGUUUCAAAGAGACAAUAUAGCGACUAGUGAGGAUUGUCAAGGUACUACUCCAGCAGAGGAAGCUUUAUAUAACCAUCAUUUCAAGGUUUUUGACAUUAUGGACUUGUCAAAUUUUGACGUUAAUAAAUACAGUCGACGAUAUAAAAAAUAUCCGCUUCAUGUGGCCACUACUUGUCGUCGAAAGUUGACACUAGUUGAGAAAUUCAUCAAGUUGGGGGCAAAAACAAACGUUUGUGACGAAGAUGGCAAUACACCGUUACACACUUGUCAGAAUGACGAAAUUUUGACAUUAUUAGUCAAUUCUGACAAGAGUGGUUUAAAUGUGCAAAAUUUAAAAGGACAAACUAUUUUACAUCUUUUGGUAAAAGAGAGAAAAUAUAAGCUUUUGCUAUCUCUAGUAGAUCAAGGAGGCGACGUCAAUAUAAUUGACAAUGACAAUAACACCGUUUUCGAUUUAUUAUUUGAUAAGGAUUAUCUUGAUGAAAAAAUUUUAUAUAAAGUCAAUCAAUUCAACUGGAACAAAACAAAUCGUGAAGGUAAUACACUACUCCAUCUUGCAAUUAGUUCCAAGAUGACGGAAGCCGUGCAAUGGCUACUAGAUAAAGGAGUCUCGACUAGAAUUGAGAACAGUCAAGGUGAUACUCUUUUGGUUUACGCUAUAAUAAGAUCUAAUCGAGAAAUUGUUCGAUUGCUACUAAAACAUUGUGAUUUAAGUCAAGAAAAAUACCUUUUCUUUAAUGCUGUACUAUAUGGAUGGGAAUUCCUCCCCGAACUCCUCCCACAUAUCAAGCCUUCCAAUUUUACACCAGCCGAACAAACCUCUUUCCUCCAAUCAGUGUGUUUCGUCGACCAUUUUCAAGAUCUAUGGAAUUUACUUCCUGAUGCUGACGUCACCAAAAUAGCAACCGAUCGGGGCGACACUCCCCUACAUUUAUCUGUUUCUCGAAAAGACUUGACUUUGACAAGCCGUUUACUUCAAAAGGGGUUAAAACCCAAUGAUGCCAAUCGUAAUGGUGAAACUCCGACUCAAAUAGCCGUCGAUAGAGGACAUUUGACAAUUUUGCAUGUUUUACUUGACAAUGACAGAAAUGCGGUAUUUCGGAGCGACCGUAAUGGAAACACUUUACUACACGACGCGGCAAGUAAGGGCAAUUUGGAAAUGGUCAAGUUUUUACUAAAAAGGGGCUUUCGGAGCGAUGUUUGUAAUGGAAGAGGAAAGACUGCUUCCGAAGUGGCAAAGGAACAAGGGCACGACGAAAUUUACCAAUUUUUGAAAAGCUUGUAAUAAAAAUUUUGGC